AGCUUAGAAGUUCUGCCUCCAGCUUCUAAUUUCGAUCGUACGCUUCUUCUGCCUUCAGCUUUCCUCCGCUCCUUUUCUUCACCGUCUUCCGCUGACAUCUGGCUGCUACUCGCCGUCAUAACCCGGCCACCGUCGCACCUCUGCGACUGUUUGCCCCACGAAACAUAUCGAAGCCAGCAAGGCUUCUUUGCCGUUCAUUGUGUCCGCCACGUCUCUCCCGGAAUCGCCUCCUUCCAUCAUUUUAUUCAAGGUUGCCUAUCUCAGUUAUCAACUAUGAUUUACACGGCAAUUGACACAUUCUACCUAACCGAUGAGCAGCUAAAGAACUCACCUUCUAGGAAAGAUGGUAUAGAUGAAGCAACUGAAACAACCCUUAGAAUUUAUGGUUGCGAUCUCAUCCAAGAAAGCGGCAUUUUGUUGAGACUACCUCAAGCAGUAAUGGCCACUGGCCAGGUUUUGUUCCAUCGCUUCUACUGCAAGAAGUCAUUUGCCCGUUUCAAUGUGAAGAGAGUUGCUGCUAGUUGUGUUUGGCUAGCAUCAAAGCUGGAGGAAAGCCCUAGAAAAGCAAGGCAAGUCCUCAUUGUUUUCCACAGAAUGGAAUGCAGGAGGGAGAACUUACCCGUUGUGCACUUGGACCCAUUUUCUAAGAAAUAUGCAGAAUUGAAGACUGAUUUGAGCAGAACUGAAAGGCACAUUUUGAAAGAGAUGGGUUUUAUUUGUCAUGUGGAGCAUCCUCAUAAAUUCAUAUCAAACUACCUUGCCACCCUCAAAACUCCUCCAGAAUUGAGACAAGAAGCUUGGAAUCUUGCAAAUGAUAGCUUGCGCACAACCUUAUGUGUUCAAUUUAAGAGUGAGGUGGUGGCUUGUGGGGUUGUAUAUGCGGCCGCUCGUAGGUUUCAAGUACCCCUUCCUGAGAAUGAACCAUGGUGGGAGGUAUUUGAUGCAGAGAAGUCUGCAAUUGAUGAGGUUUGCAGAGUCCUGGCUCAUCUGUACAGCCUUCCAAAGGCACAGCAUAUCCCAGUGUGUAAGGAUGGAGAUUCUUUCACAUCUUCUAACAAGUCACGAGAUUCACAAACUCAGCCAGUUUCAAAGGAAGUUUUGCAGAGUGGCCCGGCUAAUAAUGCUACUGUCACUCCCAAAGCAGCUUCCACGUUGAUUAAUCCAGAAUCAGGUGGGUCCAAGAAUUCAAUGGUAAAACAAGCCCUUGACAUGUUGAAGGAAUCCAAAAAGGGUGAUGAUGAUCCCAAGAGCAUGGCUGUGGAGGGAGAGGGUAGAGAAGAGCCCAUACCAUCCAAGUCUGAGCAUAGAACAGAGGCAAGUGGGGAAAGGAACAAAGAGAGGGAAAGGGAGAGAGAAAGGGACAGGGACAGGGACAGAGACAGGGAAAGGGAAAGAACAAAAGCACGGGACCGUGAUAGAGGAAGGGAUUCUGAUAGGGAACGGGAGCGUGAUGAGAUUGACAAGGACCGGGAGAAGGUGAAGGAUAGAAAACAUCGGUCUAAGGAUAGAGGAAAAGAUUCAGGAGGGCAUUCAGAGAAAUCAAGGCGUCACUCAUCUCGAGAUCGGGACUACCACAGCUCCUCUUAUUCUUCAAGGGAGAAGGAUCGCCAUAGACAUCAUCCUUACUCUUGAACCAGUAGCCAAGACCCCAUUGUGGACACCACCUGGGAGUUUGAAAAUUUCUCGUUUUUGAAGUGGGGGGACCUCAUGUUGGAGGAGGCAAGCAGCGUGGGACACGUGGGGGAGGAUGUGACCAUUACCAUGGUGGUGGUUGAAACUUCAGAAGAUGAUGGUUGGAGCAGGGAGAUAGGUGGAAGCGUGGAAGAGAAGAAAGAGGCGGGAUAGAAGGAGCAGGGAAGAGAAGCUCAGGAGGUUCCUGAGGUGAAGAGAAAAAAAAAAACAGAGGACGAGAAAGUGGAGGUGGGUAGCCAAGCAAUUCUUUACCUGAAAGGAGCUUUCUGGGUACGACUAUUGUGAGCUUCUUAUCUCUCAUUUCCAUAUUGAUUUACUCUCAUUUUCAGCUAUUUUACUGGGCAUUGAUUUGUUGAGGGGAGCUUUCCAGGGGCCAUACGUUUGCUUUGUUGGAUCUACUCUUUGUAUGCAUGCUCUGUCUUGGCUUUAUAUUUUGGUAUCGUUAUUUUUCUCUGGUAAAUAUGCGUUAAUCCUUCUUGGAGUUUGAUGAGUAAA